AAACUAUUUGAGUGCAAACAAUGAAUGCAAACAACAAUCCAAUGCUCCAGACAUUGAAUCUCAAUGCAAACUAAGAAGAAAAAAGUCUUUGAUUCAUAAAUUGUAUUCAUCGACGAGGGAAGAGCCCAUCCGACUAUCAAUCCUCGGCCGACCCAUACCUAUACAUCGAUUACGCAAUGAUAUUAGUUUUUUUAAGGAAAAGCUGGCCGUUUAUAACUUCCUGCAGAGACCGCGAGGCUUUGUUGCCAUUGUUUAUCAUGUGUUUGUCUCAGUAGUUGUCUUCGUUUGUUUGCUAUUGACUGUGUUUUCCACAAUUUCAGAAUACGAAAAUUAUGCGACAAAUGGGUUACGAUAUAUGGAUUGUUUGAUUGCAGCCCUCUUUAGCUCCGAAUUUGUUGCUCGCUUAUGGAGUGCUUCCUGUAAUUCUCACUAUCAGGGUUGGAGAGGAAGACUUCGUUUUCUCCGGAAUCCGUUCCGUAUAAUCGAUAUGUUGGUUAUCAUCACGUCUUGUAUUGUCUUAUUCUUCGACACCAAACGGCACACACUAUUCGUAUACUUCCGUGGCUUUCGCUUUUUCCAAGUGUUUCAAAUGCUUCGACUCGAGCAUAGGUUCCGUCCGUGGCCUGUCAUGUCAUCUGUCGUUUGGCAACAGAGGGAACACUUAGCCAUCACUACAUAUAUGGGCUUUCUAUCGCUGCUAUUCAUCUCAUUUGCCAUCUAUUUUGUCGAGAAAGACGUGAAUCCGGCCUUCAAUAACAUCGCCGCCGCUAUGUAUUGGGGAGUCGUUACGCUUUGCACUGUCGGUUAUGGAGAUAUGAUUCCCAUUACGCCAACCGGAAAAUUCUUGUCCUCUAUAUGUAUAAUAAUUGGUGUCUCAAUAUUUGCAUUACCGGCCGGAAUAUUGGGCACAGGACUCGCACUCAAGGUUCAGGAACAGCAAAGAGUGAGACAAAUGGGUAAACGGAGAGAACCUGCAGCCAAACUAAUACAGUGCACGUGGAGGUGCUAUGUCUCGAGCGAGAACUCCAUAUCGACGGUCACCUGGAAGUCAUACAAACGGUGUGACGGCAGACACGAGCCGCUGACCAACGGCGAGAAGACGGCCAUCCGAUUCAUACGAGUGGUCAAGUAUUUCAUCGCUCGGCAAAACUUCAACAGAGCUCUGAAGCCGUACGACAUAAAGGAUGUGUUG